AACGUGACGUGGGCAGCCUUUUGCUUGCUAGCUUUUCUCGAUCUCCAAUUCUGUCGCGGCCGCCGGUAACCUGUUGGUUGCUUCCAUUCCCCGUCCAAAUACCGACAAUAAUGUCGAGGCGCAGGCUUAAGAACGAACGUCGAAGAUAUCCUCUGAAAAGUCCGAAGCAAAAUCGGACUCAUUACCGUGGUCCAACCCAUGUUCCCUUCUCCUUAUCCUUCUACCAGCCUCGCGCCUCCGAGUUCCUCGGAUAUGCAAUGAUACUUCUCAUUCCCCCGGUCCGAUUCCGACGUCAAUCAUUACUAGCCAAUAUUCUUCCGUUCCCAAUCCACUUUCUUCCUGCCACUAUCACCUGUGAGUCGUAAGGUCCGACGCCCGGUGACAUGGAUCCUCUAUCAGACUUGCCUAAACUUGCAAGCCUCUCUGGAAUCCUAUUUUCAGCUCUUAUCAUUUCUUUCGUCAGUUACCAGAUAUCUGCUCUUAUCUCACAUGGUCCAUCUCCCCCCGGACCUCCCGGUCUCCCAAUCAUAGGAAACGCUUUGCAGAUACCUUCAGAUCGUCAAUGGCUGAAAUGGCAUGAAUGGAAACAGAAAUACGGAGAUAUCAUGAAGAUAACAGUCCUUGGACAACCCGUCAUAAUCCUUUCAUCGCUUAAGGUGUCCAAAGACCUUUUAGAAGGCCGAGGAAAUAUCUAUUCUGACCGUCCUUCUGCUGUCAUGGCGGGUGAACUAGUCGGGUGGUCCCGUGGGUUAGGAUACGCACAAGCAACCCAAAACCCCCGUUUCCGAGAAUUCCGCCGAGUCUUCCACCAAUGGAUGGGUCCCCGGGCGUGUGAAUCUAGAGAACUCCGGGAUAUACAGGAGCGAGAGAAUCUAAGGUUAUUGUCAAGACUUUUAUCAGAUCCUGAACAUUUCUCCAAGCAUGCAAGGGAAUGUACAUCCUCGACGAUCCUACUCUUAAUGUACGGAUACCCGUCACAUAUUGGUGAUCCUCUUCGUCUUGUCAAAAUCGCCGAAGACGCCAUGCUUGGUUUUGCCCGCGCCUCCGAACCUGGAAGAUGGUGGGUCGAUAGCUUUCCCAUGCUAAAGCACGUACCAUCUUGGUUCCCUGGAGCAUCAUUCCAGCGGACAGCCAAAUUGAUGAGACACGAUCUUGAUGAAUUGUACGAUGUUCCAUUCAAUUUCGUCAAAACUGAGAUGGGAAAGGGCACCUUUGAGCAGUCAUUCUUGUCCAAGUACCUCGAAGAGCACUCAACGACGACUAUCCCUCUGGAUGAUUUUGAAGAGUUAGCUAAAGCAGCUGGGGCAUCAUUGUAUUCAGCCAAUAUAAUCGUACCCCAGACCCCAUCCGCGUUAACAUCAUUCAUACUGGCGAUGGCCGUUUAUCCACAAGUCCAAAAGAAAGCCCAAGCCGAGAUCGACUCCCUCACUCGCGGCCGCCUUCCAAUGAUCAUGGACAGAAAUCGUCUCCCGUAUGUCUCGGCUAUCGUCAAAGAGGUGUGGCGAUGGAAUCCGAGCGUUCCUCUUGGGCUCCCUCACGUCGUGAACCAGGACGAUGAAUACAUGGACUAUCAUAUCGAAAAAGGCUCCAUUGUAUGGGCUAACAUCUGGACGAUCAUGCACGAUGAAGAUACAUUCCCAAAUCCCUCAGAAUUCCGACCUGAGCGUUAUCUAGGCCCGGGAAAUGGUGUGUCAGAGAUUGUAGAGAGCGCUUUUGGGUUCGGCAGGAGGAUCUGUCCUGGCAUGCACCUUGCUGAGAACAGCGUCUUUCUCGCCAUUGCGACCUUGUUGGCCGUGUUCAAUAUUUCGAAGGCCAUGGAUCCGGUCACCGGAGAGGAGAUCACGCCAGAUGUCGAGUACGAUGGGUUCAUCAGCCAUCCACAGCCGUUUAGGUGUAAGAUCCAGCCUAGGUCGAAGGCAAUUAGGGACUUGGUUCUAGAGCAGGUGGAAGCGUUAAAGGUAUGAGCAAGUAUAGGACUGUAUGCAUUAAUCGCCACAUAGCAGCGGUACUUGAUAUCUGCGGAUCCAUAUGGCCCCAAUGCUCGUUAUGCUUUUCAAGACUGCCAUUUACAAGAUGUCAUAAUAACAUAAUAAUGUACAAAACGCCCGACUUAACAGCUCAGACCUCCUCAGAUGCAUACCCUCGUUCGAACGCAAUGGUACGCCUCUUCUCCAUAUCAUCAACAGGACUUUCCUCUCUCUCGGCGACACGUCUGAGCUUUUUCACGGCUUCACCCCGUCCGGACCUUUCCAGUCGCUUGGACAUGUAGUGUAUCCGUUUCCGCUGAGAGGGUCUCGGUCCUGGGGUGUGCUUAGGGAACGUAUACAGCGAAGAGGAUAGAGGGAUUGGAGAAGACAU